UGAUCGAAGUUGGCACGUGUCCAAUCUGUCAAGGUCGUUACGUAAACUGUCAAAGCACAGAUGUCAAAAAAGUUGUGUAAUAAUAAAUGUGUAUUUUCAAUCUUGGAGAAAAGCCACAGCCAUGUUUUUGACACGAAUUCUACUCAAGAAAGUUAAAAGCAAGAGACUGAUGGUACAAAUGGAAAGUGUAAUUAGUGGACAUAGUUUUAACAAGAUUAGAGACAGGUUAGCUGAUAAAUUAGAAGUUGUUCGUUUUGAUCCUUACAUUCAGCAAGAAUGUGUCUAUAAAGAAAAGAGGAAAGUUAGAAGCAUACAGUAGUUUUCCUUAUGAAAACUUUUGGUCUAAAACACCCCUUUGCCACAACUAUCAAGUCAUGAACGAAUUGGAAAGAAAUUCGAUUUAACGAUAAAUAAUUUAUUAUCAAUAAUUUAUUACUGUUUACAUUUCAAUAUAGCUGUAUAUUUUAA